AUGGCGUCAAGCUCAACGACUCGAUAUUCACGACUUAAGGACCAUGAUGAUGAAGAGCCUGGCGGUAGCGCAUUCGAGGAGAUACUAAUGAAGCAAGAGCAAAUCAUUCGCGAACAAGAUGAAGAUCUCGUACUUGUUGGAAAUUCAGUAACAACUUUGAAACAUAUGAGCUACAAGAUUGGUGAUGAGCUUGACCAACAGGCUGUAAUGUUGGACGACUUAGGACAAGAAAUGGACACGGUCGAUACGAAAUUAGAUAGUGUUAUGAAGAAAAUUGCAAAAUUAACGCAUAUGGACGACGAUAAACGGCAAUGCAAAAUGAUCAUGAUUCUCAGUGUUGUGAUAUUCUUUUUGUUGUUCCUGUUAAUUGUACUAUAG